AUUAAUUACGUUAAAAUAAAAUAUUUAAAAUUGGAAAGAAUUUUAUGCAUCGAGAAAGAAAUCUAUGCACUACACAUGGAAGCUGAAAAAUGGAUUAGGGCGUUGAGGACCUGAGGUAGAACCGUAGAAGGGCGAAGACGGGAUAAGCGUAGUGCUGCAAUAGCAAGCGCCGUGUUGUGUUUGUUUGUUCUCCAUGGAAAUUUUGGUCUCACCCACGCCGCCGGCUCCUGCCAUUGCGAAUACGAGAGGAUCCCUAUCUCACUCCGCCGCCAUUAGAAAGAGGAAUUUGACGCCCAGGUCCAAGCUCAAUCACCAAAACGACUCCUUGUACCAAGCUGCAAUUGAACGCGCUUCUCUUCGUUUCCAGGAGACUCUUCGGCCAGAUCCUCUGUUUGUCGACCCAUAUGCUGGUUGCCUUGUUCCUACCAACAAAUUUAUUGAGGUAGACGUGACACCCCGGCUGCCUCUCUACUGCCUGGCGACCAAAUUUAUUGAUGAUAAGCUGCUGAAUGCAUUGGGUGAUGAUGACGACCUCAGACAGGUUGUUUUGUUCACCGAUGGCAUGGAUACUCGGCCUUAUAGACUCAACUGGCCCAGAUCCACCCUCGUAUUUGACAUAUCCCCGCAAAGGGUUUUCGGGGAAACAACGCUGAAGCUUAAAGAGGUUGGGGCCAGGAUUGGAAGAAGCUGUAUGUUUAUCCAUAUACCAUGCGAGUCGGCUAACAUAGAAGAGAUGAUGCGUAACAGAGGAUUUAAAGGUGCCAGGCCAAGUAUAUGGGUUUUCCAGGGACUGCCUCUUGUAAAUUUGGCUAGAUUUAAAGAGAUCCUUUCUGUUAUCAGCAAUUUAGCCACAAAGGGGAGUGUUUUACUCGGAGAACUACCUUCUUGGUUAUCAGCAGUUGAUGCUGGUAUCAAGUGGAUGGAUAAUCUUUUCAUGAGCAAUGGUCUCCGGGUAAACAUAAUUGGAUAUGAGAACGUUGCCAGAGAUUUUGAAAAAGAAUUGGAAAAAGGAGAUGACAACCAUAUACUCUUCACUGCUGAGCAACUGCGAUUUUCUGAUGAACAGUUAACUGUUACCGUAAUUGGAACAGAUGGAAACUUGGAGUAGAGAAUUCCAGAGGAUAGAGGAAGAAGCGGAUGAGGAAGGUUUCGAGGAGCUAUAAAAGUCAGCUUCAGGUCGCAUUCCUUCAAGAAGAUACGGAAGCUUCCGUUGCUGAUUAGAAACAAAAUAAGAAGAUGGGAGUAUGGGACUUGAGAAAAUGUACAUAAAAUCUAUUAAACAUCAGAUAAGCAUAAUAUAUUCCUCAUUUGCAAGAUUCAUAUAGAA